UUGCACUUUGACCUUAUCUUUAUAUGUAACAGGAAAAAGCCGUUCUGAGCCCAGACAGGGGGGGAGCGGGGCGGCUGCCGGAGCGCCGGGCACGGCAGGGAGCGGCGAUGUCCUCGACGAUGGAGGCCCUGUACGGCAGGAAUAAAGAGGAACACCCAGAGCCCAUAAAAGCCCAGGUGCGGGGUGAGUUGCCCACCUGGUUGCAAGGGAUCCUCCUCCGGAAUGGCCCAGGGAUGCACACCAUAGGGGACAGCAAAUACAACCACUGGUUCGAUGGCUUGGCUCUGCUGCACAGUUUUACAUUUAAAAAUGGUGAAGUUUACUACAGGAGUAAGUACCUCCGAAGCGACACCUACAACUGCAACGUCGAAGCGAACAGAAUCGUGGUGUCCGAGUUUGGGACGAUGGCUUAUCCAGACCCUUGUAAAAACAUAUUUGCCAAGGCCUUCUGCUAUUUGUCUCACACCAUCCCUGAGUUCACAGACAACUGCCUGAUCAACAUUAUGAAAGCUGGGGAUGAUUUUUAUGCUACCAGUGAGACCAACUUCAUCAGGAAAAUUAAUCCGCAGACUCUGGACACGUUGGACAAGGUUGACUACAACAAAUACGUAGCUGUAAAUGUGACAACUUCUCACCCACACUAUGACAGUGAUGGAAAUAUUCUCAACAUGGGCACUUCAAUAGUUGAUAAAGGGAAGACAAAAUAUGUUCUAUUUAAGAUUCCUUCCUCUGUGCCAGACCACGAAAAGAAGAAAUCUUGUUUCAAACACCUGGAAGUGGUUUGCUCCAUCCCUUCUCGCUCUCUGCUCCACCCCAGCUACUACCACAGCUUUGGGAUCACAGAAAAUUACAUCAUCUUCAUAGAGCAGCCCUUCAGGCUGGAUAUUCUCAAAAUGGCAACUGCUUACAUCCGAGGUGUCACCUGGGCCUCCUGCCUUGCCUUCAGUAAGGAUGACAAGACUUGGUUUCACUUUGUAGACAGGAAGACUAAAAAGGAAGUGUCCACCAAGUUUUAUACUGAUGCCAUGGUGUUUUUCCACCAUGUCAAUGCUUAUGAAGAGGAUGGCCACAUUGUUUUUGAUAUUAUUGCCUAUACAGACAAUAGCUUAUACGACAUGUUCUACUUAAAAAACAUGAAUAAAAACUUUGAAGAGAACAUCAAGCUCACCUCCAUCCCGACCUACAGACGAUUUGUGGUUCCUCUGCAGUUUGACAAGGAUGCUGGAGUAGGUUCUAAUUUAGUCACACUUCCCUCUACUGCAACUGCUGUAAAGGAGAAAGAUGGGAACAUCUGCUGCCAACCUGAAAUACUGUGUGAAGGGAUAGAACUGCCUCGCAUCAACUAUGACUAUAAUGGCAAAAAACACAAGUAUGUGUUUGCAACCGAGGUGCAGUGGAGUCCAGUUCCUACAAAGAUUGCAAAAUUUAAUACCCAGACGAAGGAAAUGCUCCACUGGGGAGGGGAGGACUGCUGGCCAUCAGAGCCCAUCUUUGUUCCCAGCCCUGAUGCAAGAGAAGAGGAUGACGGUGUUGUUCUGUGCUGUGUUGUGAGGAGUGACCCGCAGAAAGCGCCCUUCCUACUUGUCUUGGAUGCUAAAACAUUCACAGAAUUGGGACGAGCCACAGUGGAUGUGGAAAUGCAUCUGGACCUGCACGGAAUGUUCAUACCACAGCAAGAUCUGAAGACUGAGACUGAAUAAAAUGCUGUUUGUCUUACUGCACAGACCACCUUCUGCUGAAUGUGGGAUAAUAUCCUUCAGGAACAACCUUCUCUUGUGACAAGAAAUUAUAAUCUUUUCAAUAUCUGUGAAUAAUCUCUUAUGAGAGAUAGCAGUGACUUUUGUUACAAAUUCUUGUAUGCACAGCUGGUCUAUGGCUAUUCCAAAAGCAGAAUUAGGAGUGUGAAGUGCUAACGUUGUGUACAACUCGUGGGGCAGGGAACAGGAGACAGAGGCAGCACGAAAUGUUUUCCUUGAGCAGGCUCAAGCUUUGUGAGGCAGUGAAGUGCUGUAUUUAUAGGGUGACACAUGGCAUGAGUCACACAUGUCUGCAGGUCAUGGAACUUCCACGGGGCUGUCGCAAGACUGCAGCUGACAAUGAAAGUUGUCUCCUGCCAGAGGAACCUCACGCUAAACUAUCUGCUAUAUUAAUAAUUCAUGACAGUGUGUUCUCUUGGUGCUUGAUUUUCUUAAAUUCCACCAGAACCAAAGUAUUACGUUGAGGUGCUACAUUUUUCAUAUCCAGAAUCCACAAUACUGCAGCUUUGCUAGCAAUUUCAUGGUGUAUUUCUCACUUUUAUGUUGCCAAAACCAAGUAACUGUAUUGAAAUAGAGUAUAUAUUUUUAUGUAGCAUUCAGUUAUACUUUAGUGAUACCCAAUCUUAAGCACUUUGUAUUUAAAUCAGUUUUUCCUUGAGGAGAAUAUCUGACAUUUCAUGUAACUAGAUGAUUACAUUGUGUAAAAGAUAAAAAGAGUUGUAGUAUUUGUUAAUAUUGCUACCGGUGUCUGUUAAUAACAGGAUGUACGUGAAUGAGGGCAGUGUAUUUCUAGCAGAACUCAGACACAUGUGGACAACAAAUUGUUUAGGGAAAGAGUGAAAGACCUAAUUUAGGCCUCAUCUGAACCACACAGAAGCUGAAACUACAUACAAGCUGCUGUUGCCAGAGCUGAGCACUUGCUUUUUGUGUGCUUAGGAACAUCCCUGUUCUCACAGUGGUUUAUCACUGCCUGUACCAGAUGCUUCCUAAUAAAAGUGCCCAACUCUCACCAACAGGCCCAAUUCAAAAGUGCAUUUCAACAUCAAGUUCAUGAAGUGCCAAGUACAGCGGGACCGGUUUUUGUUACAGGAAUGGCAUUUCCUAAUCCCCUGAGUGCAUUUCUGUUCCCCUGUCCGGGGCAUUGAUUUUUCUUUAACUGAGAGCUUUUUUGCUUUGAGUUGUAUUUUCCUAUUGCAGACGCCUUCACUGCUGGAGGCAUCUUUACUGAUGGAGAAAACCAGGGGUACAUCCAUCCAUGCAGGUGUCCAUCUGCUCUGUCCACAUCUCCACACUGCUCAGGUACCUCUCACUUUUGUACACACAUUCUCACAGUGUCCUUGCUGCUCCUGCUGUUUCACAGGUAGGAAACACAACGAAAUCCUUGUCAUUUACUAUCUCCCCAUCACAUGAGAACCUGGGCCUUGGUGAGUUGUUCUAAGAUGUUUAGAGCAGAGCAGGAGCUGCACCAUCAUCAGCCACAGUUCCUGUCUGCUCUGUAACAACUAGAACUCAGUUUCUCUGCUUAAGUCUUUGCACUUUAUAAGUGUAAAGAAUAUACAGAAUAUUUAAUGUU